CUCUGCGGCUUCGCGCGCUCCAUGCAGAAGCUGCCUCCUCGUCCGAAUCGAGGAACCCUUCAAACCCGCCCAUGGCCCAUGGGUAUAAACCGGCGGGCAAUCCACCAAGCCAUUCCCAUUCCCGCCCGCCGUUCGCCACCGUACCGUACGCCCGCCGCCGAUCGAGGGAGAUCAACCAUAUCUCUGUCUGCCGCGACCUAGCUAGCUAGGUAGAGAGAGCGCGCGCGCGAUGCCGUCGUCGAGGCUCGUGCCCCCCAAGGACGGCGAGUGGGGCGGCGGCGGCGUGGCGCUGGAGGUCACCGUGCUCUCGGCCGAGUCGCUGCGCCUGCCGCCCACCUACUCGCCGCUCCCGCGCCGCCUGCGGCCCUACGUCGCCGUCUCCUCCUCCUCCUCCGCCGGCUGCAGCACGGGCGUGGCGCCCGCGACGUCCGGCGCGGGCGAGCACUCGUGGGAGGACGCCGGCGAGGACGCGCGCCUCGUGGUGCCCGUGGGGGCCGGGUUCCUGGAGGGCCGCGACGACGUGCGCGUGGCGGUGCUCUCGGAGUCCGGCUGCGCGCGCCUCGUCGGCGACACGCCGCUGGGGUGGUGCCGCGUGCCCGCCGCCGACGUGCUCGAUGGCCUCCGCCCGCCGCGCGCGCUGCGCAGGCUCAGCUACUCGCUCCGCUGCCCGCGCCGCGGCGGGCCGGGACACGGCGUCGUCCACCUCGCCGUGCGCGUCCUCGGCGACGUCCGCGUCGCCCCCCGCCCGGACCCCGCCCCGCCCGCGCAGCCCGGCUGGUGCCGCGUCGCCAUGGGCAUACCGGUCUCCGGCCCCUCCGCCGCCGCCGUCGUCGGCACGCCGUCGCCCUGGGCGUGGAGCCAGACGUCGCGGUGAUCGAUGGCUCGUCGUGACUGGUCGUGGAAGAACGGUGGAACUUGCGCGCGCGCCCGCGGCGACCGGUUCUUGGGUUUGACUAAUCACUGCCCGGAGACGAAAGCGACGGGGGAUUAGUCAAAAACUCAAAGCUGGCUGCCCGGCGGAUUCCUCGCAGCUGCGUACGGACGUGCGUGACGGGAACUGAUUGGACGCGCUGCCGGCUGGCCGGCCGUCGGCGGCGGUGCUUGACCCUGACGUGUGGAAUAUGUAUAUACGUCAUCGUCUAGGGAAGGUUCCUAGUGCCGGGGAGAUUGUGCAUGCGAGGGCAUGCACAUCUCUCUCUGUCGUCCAAAGUGUAAAUUCAGUAAAUAUGUACAGUACAAAGGGUAAAGUGAAGUUUUCAGUGCAAAUUAACUAUGACAACUUUGAAUGCAAUUUUAUUUU